AUGACAUACCGAAGGUAUGGUAUGUCAGGCACCAGCCCAAUAAGUAUGGGUGCCAACCCAAAAAUGAGAGGCCCAGGAUCGCUCCCAGUCUGGUAUAAAUACCAGAAUUAA